AUGUUGGGGGCUGUAAGUCGGGUUGGUAGCGGCCUUUUAGCCGUAAAGUCGGUAGCUGAAAAAACCUUAACAGAAUGUGGCAAGCUCGCAACCGUUUCUGCCAUCAACAAAAGGGAUUAUGCAGCAAAAGCCGCUGCAGGCAAAGGCCAAGGUAAGGUAGUGGCUGUCAUCGGUGCUGUUGUGGACGUACAGUUCGAAGACAACCUACCACCCAUUCUAAAUGCCCUUGAAGUACAAAACCGUCAACCCCGGCUUGUGCUGGAGGUGGCGCAGCACUUGGGAGAGAACACCGUCCGUACCAUCGCUAUGGACGGUACCGAGGGUCUGGUUCGUGGCCAGCCCGUCCUCGACUGCGGCUCGCCCAUUCGUAUCCCCGUGGGCGCUGAGACCCUCGGCCGCAUCAUCAACGUAAUCGGAGAGCCCAUCGACGAGCGCGGCCCCAUCCCCACUGACAAGACUGCCGCUAUCCACGCUGAGGCGCCCGAGUUCGUGGACAUGUCCGUGCAGCAGGAGAUUCUGGUCACUGGUAUCAAGGUCGUCGACCUGCUCGCCCCGUACGCCAAGGGAGGUAAGAUCGGUCUGUUCGGAGGUGCCGGAGUCGGUAAGACCGUACUUAUCAUGGAGCUGAUCAACAACGUAGCUAAGGCGCACGGUGGUUACUCCGUAUUCGCUGGAGUCGGUGAGCGUACCCGUGAGGGCAAUGACUUGUACCAUGAGAUGAUUGAGUCCGGAGUAAUCUCCCUGAAGGACAAGACCUCCAAGGUAGCACUUGUGUACGGUCAGAUGAACGAGCCCCCCGGCGCGCGUGCCCGUGUCGCUCUGACUGGUCUGACCGUGGCUGAAUACUUCCGUGAUCAGGAAGGUCAGGAUGUGCUGCUGUUCAUUGACAACAUUUUCCGUUUCACCCAGGCUGGUUCUGAGGUGUCUGCCCUGCUGGGUCGUAUCCCCUCUGCUGUAGGUUACCAACCAACCCUGGCCACUGACAUGGGUACCAUGCAGGAGCGUAUUACCACCACCAAGAAGGGAUCCAUCACCUCCGUGCAGGCUAUCUACGUGCCCGCUGAUGACUUGACUGACCCUGCCCCUGCCACCACCUUCGCUCACUUAGACGCCACCACUGUGCUGUCCCGUGCUAUUGCUGAGCUGGGUAUCUACCCCGCCGUGGACCCUCUUGACUCUACUUCCCGUAUCAUGGACCCCAACAUUAUUGGUGCUGAGCACUACAAUGUGGCUCGUGGUGUACAGAAGAUCCUUCAGGACUACAAGUCACUCCAGGACAUCAUCGCUAUCCUGGGUAUGGAUGAGUUGUCUGAGGAAGACAAGCUGACUGUCGCUCGUGCCCGUAAGAUCCAGAGGUUCUUGUCCCAGCCUUUCCAGGUUGCUGAGGUAUUCACUGGACACGCUGGCAAACUGGUGCCCCUUGAGGAAACUAUCAAGGGCUUCUCUAAAAUCCUGCAGGGCGAGUAUGAUCACCUACCUGAAGUAGCAUUCUACAUGGUUGGACCUAUUGAGGAAGUUGUUGCUAAGGCCGAAACCCUAGCUAAGUCGUAA